AUGACUUCUUCCUUUCGUUUGCAAUUAGUUUUGGCUUUCACUUUGUUUAUUGGGUCAUGUCUCUCGUAUGAAUUCUCAAAAACAGUAGUUGUUGACAAGUCUGGAAAUGGGCAAUUCACGAAAAUUCAAGAUGCGAUUGACUCUGUUCCGGAAGGAAAUAGUGGUUGGUUUCACAUUGUCGUUAAUAAAGGCGUCUAUAAUGAAAAGGUAACAAUUCCAUACAAGAAGGAAUACAUAUUUCUAGAGGGGAGCUCAUCAGCAAAAACACUUAUAGUGGGGGACGACCAUCAAGCUACAGAUACUAGCUCAACCUUUACCUCUUUUUCGGACAAUUUUGUUGCUAAGAGCAUAUCUUUCAUGAAUUCAUAUAACUUGAAACAGAAGAACGAUGUUACACAAGCAGUUGCUGCUAUGAUACAUGGUGACAAAUCGGCUUUCUAUAAUUGUGGUUUUUAUGGAUAUCAAGAUACACUUUGUGCUUACGAGGGCCGUCAUUACUACAAAAAUUGCUACAUUCAAGGUGCUGCUGAUUUUAUUUGGGGACAUGGUCAAUCCUUUUUUAAGGGAUGCAAAAUAAAUGUCACUAUGGGUCAUACUAACACACCCGGUUACAUAACCGCGCAAGGAAGAAUGUUGGAAGAAGAUACAAAUGGCUUUGUAUUUAGUAAAUGUUCUAUUGUUGGAACUGGGCAGGCGUAUCUUGGAAGGGCAUAUGGUCCAUUCAAUAGAGUUAUUUUCUCAAAAACGACGAUGAAUUCAGUUGUGCAUCCUUUGGGAUGGGAUGCUUGGCAUUUCGGUGGAAAAGAGUUGAGUUCGUUUCUCUUUGAAUGUAUAUAUAUUUUUUUGUAUUUCGGGUAUUUUAUAUAAUAGAUUGGUUAUAAUUUUCUUUGAUUACAGAGACCGUUUCACGAAUGUGGAGGCUGGUUGUUUAGGGUCGGGGGCAAAAUCUUCAGAACGGGCG